AUGGACCGACCGGCGAGGGUGAUCCACGAGCUAGUGGGCAGGGCGGCAUUGGAGGUGGAGUUGGGCGACUGGAUCAGCCUGGAACCCCGCGAGGCCGCGAAGCGGAUGAUGACGCAACUGUCUUCGCGUCCCGAGUUCAAAGAGGCUAUCGCGAUGCGCACAGAGUCCGUUCCUCAAGAGUUCCUCCAGAGUGCGCACAUCAGCGACGGCCAACACACUGCGGGUGACGAUGGGGACCGGGACGAUCCAAACGAAGCGGCCGUCGAAGACAACCUCGUCGGCUGCGAGGUAACCCUCAAGGGCCUCAAGUCCGAUCCUGAUAAGAACGGCCGGAUCGGAAAGGUCAAGGCGUGGCUCCCCGACCGCGGGAGGUUCGCGGUGGUCCUACUAACCGACGACGGCUUUGAGGAGCGCGCGAGGGGGCCUUUGGCCCUGAAGCCCGACAACGUCGAGAAAGUAGAGAAGGAAGGGGGUGCUUGGGGUGAGCGGGGCGUCGCGCACGUUGAGCAUAUCCCCGGCGCGGGUCGCGGCGUCGUCGCCGACCGUGAACUCAUGUCCGCCGAGCGGGACAAUCUCCUUUGCGAGCCAGCGUACGCCACGGCGGUGAAUCGCAAACAAGCGACCACGAGGUGCCAUCGUUGCUUCGCGAUGCUGGCCGGUCCACCGUUGAUCGAAUGCCCCUGCGCCAUGGCAAGAUACUGCUCGAGCGAGUGCCGUCGCGCCGCGCGGGAGGAUCCCGGCGAUCACUGCGCGGAAGAAUGCGCCAAAGGCGGUCUCUGGACCGCGAUUACUCACGAAACUCCCGUCCUCGCGACUCGCAUAGUGCGCAAGGAUCGAGACGAGUUGAAGCGAGGCAUCAAGCGGCGUCGGCGAUAUACAGAUCUCGACUGGCGCGGAGUGUGGAAGGCCACGAGAAAGGACGACGAGCGCCGCCGCGGGGUCGUAGCACAGGCGUGCAUCGCGGCCGUGUGCGCGGGGCUCGACGAGGGAGACGUGUUGACGGCGUAUUUGGUCGCCGAUGGAAACACGUUUACCGUAAAGAGACCGGUUGGGCCAAAGCCGGUGGCGCCGUACGACUGGCGCGAGAUUUUCACAAUGGCUGAGUGCGCGGUGGCGUCGGCGCUGUUCCUCGACGCGUCGAUGCUGAAUCACUCCUGCGAGCCGAACUGCUUCGCCAGCUUCCCGGGUCGCGAGAUGAGGAUCCGCAACACGGAGAAGGUGCAAAGCGGGGGGCAACUCUUCAUUUCUUACGGACCGGUUGCGGGAGGCGCUCCGCGAGACGUCCGAAGAAGCCUACUGAGCGAUGCCUUCGGAUUCGAGUGCAAGUGCGUCGCAUGCGUCGGUCGUGAUCGGGUCAGCUCUAUCGACUUCAUGCGAUUGAAAGAAGCAGCGAUGGAGCACGAUGACCGAGCGAUGAGCCUCGUCCAGAGCGGGGAUGAUUCGCCGGAGGUUUUGCAAACGGCGACGUUGGCGGCUCGAGAAUCGAUGGGGCUUCUCCAUCAGUUGUACCGCUGGCCAAGUCUCACGCUCGCGAUGGAGGCUGCUCGCGUCGCGGCGGUGGAGUCGGCGUCGGCGGGAUGCGUGGUCAGAGGGUGGUCGGAGGGCAGACCGAAUGGAAGAGUCAGGGGGGUGAUUUUGACGAUGGCCAAGGACGCGCUCCUGUGCCUUGGCGCACACACCGAGAAAAGGCGCGACCGAGGCGAGGCUGACGGCGUCGUGGAGAGAGCGCGUGAUUUCCUGGUCAACCUGCUCAUCUCGCACCGGCGUCACAAGCCCGCCGGCUGGGACGACGACAACGUGUCCGCCCAGGUCGCCUUCUUCUGCAUGAUGCACGAAAUACACAACGGCCCGAACCCUCACCAGUAG